GAAAUGGCACCUCGUAAGGGCAAGGAGAAGAAGGAAGAACAGGUCAUCAGCUUGGGACCUCAGGUUGCUGAGGGAGAAAACGUGUUCGGCGUCUGCCACAUCUUUGCUUCCUUCAAUGACACUUUUGUCCACGUGACUGACCUCUCUGGCAAGUAAACCAUCUGCCGGGUGACUGGUGGCAUGAAGGUGAAGGCAGACAGAGAUGAGUCUUCUCCCUACGCGGCGAUGCUGGCAGCCCAGGAUGUUGCCCAGAGGUGCAAGGAGCUGGGUAUCACUGCCCUGCACAUCAAGCUGCGUGCUACCGGUGGGAAUAGGACCAAGACUCCGGGACCUGGUGCCCAGUCAGCCCUGAGAGCUCUGGCCCGAUCUGGAAUGAAGAUUGGCCGCAUUGAGGAUGUGACCCCCAUCCCCUCUGACAGCACUCGCAGAAAGGGUGGUCGCCGUGGACGUCGUCUGUGAACAGUGCUGCACCUUUGGAUAUUAAAGCUCUCUUUUAAACCUC